GUCGUACUACAAAACUGUCAACCUCAACCUUGACUGUUAAGAGGAGCAAAUGGUGAAAUGUCAUGAUAAAAAUUUACAAAAAAUAUUAUGAUAAUAAGUUGUGGAUAUGAUUUAAUUGUAUAUUUUGUUAAAAGUUUUGUGCUGCGAUAAUUAUAUAUUAUAAUGAAUAUAAGGGGCCUUAUUUUUUGUAUAAUUUUCAAUUUAUACUACAAGUAUGUAUCUUCAAACGAGUAUACAGUUCCCGAAACUACAGAUGGUUAUAAAACAAGUGGAGAAUAUCCUAAAAUCAAUCAAUAUACAGGAAAUCCAUCUACUGUUUUUCAAGGCAAUUUUGAUACCUGCAGUGAAGAUGAUUUUGCCUGUUUAGCUAUGGCACAGAAAGAUAGAUUAGGAUUAGAAGCGAUAAAACAAUUACAUAAGCAACUGGAUGAUGAUAAAGAUGGUACAAUAGAUUUAUCAGAAUCUGAUGAUUUCUUGAAAGAAGAAUUGAAAUAUAAUUCCGGCGCUGAAAAGAGGCAGAAAAAUUUCCAUCGCAAUGACGACUACCAUAUAUCUGUCAAAGAUUUAUGGGAAGCCUGGCUGAAAUCAGAAGUUCAUAAUUGGACAGUGGUACAAACUACUGAUUGGUUAACAUCUUGUGUAGAACUUCCCCAGUAUGUUCCUAAGUUUAUUGAACACAAAGUUACUGGUGCCAAUUUACCAAGAUUAGCUGUUAAUAAUGCCGCAUACUUAAACGUCCUUGGAAUAAAGGAUCCAAUACACAAACAAAAGAUCGCCCUAAAGGCAAUGGACGUUGUCCUUUUCGGACCGCCAAAAGAUGUACCGCACUGGAAAGAUUUGAUGUUAAUAUUUUUGAUAAUCGUUGGCGUUACUGUAAUUUGGUAUGCUUAUCAAUUGAAAAAGAAAUUUAGGAACCAUUUAAAUAGAAUGAACAGAGAUAUGGAUAGUCUCCAAAACGCAGAAAGAGCGUUACAAAAUCUUCAGAAGGAAUUGGAAGAAGCCAAAGUGGCAGAAGAAUCUGUGAAAACUGAAAAGAAAGUCUUGGAAAAGAAACUUCAAGACUCUAAAAGUGAACUUAAUUCAAUACCUAGCUCCUAUUCAGACUUAGAAGUUACUCAAUUAAAAGCAGAAAUAGAGAUGCUAAGAACUGAAUUACAAUUAGCAGAAGGUGAACUGAAAGAUAGAUGCUGGACUCCACCAGUAGCAUUACAGCAGUGGUUACAGCUUACGCACGAAAUUGAGAAUAAGUCUUAUCUUAAGAAAAAAAUUCAAGCUGAAAAGCAGUUACAACAAGCACGUGAAGCUUGUGAAAAACUCCGAAAGAAACGGUCAAGUCUUGUAGGUGCCUUUGUUUCAACUCAUGGUAAAUCCAUAGAUGAAGUAGACAGAAGUAUCGUAGAAGCUAGAACGGCACUAAAUGAAGUAACACAUGAGCUUCAAGAAAGAGUUCAUAGAUGGAAACAAAUCGAAAUGUUAUGUGGAUUUAACAUCAUGAAUAAUAGUGGUUUCAAUUUUUUGGAAAAUGUUCUCUAUCGUAAUGCUAACGGCCGUGGAUCUAGUUUGAAAGGACGUAUGAGCAGCACAGAUGAUUUGGAUGAUGACACAGGGUCUAUCUAUAGUGCCUCUGCAGGGUACCACGGCAAAGAUGGUGAUUCUUCGAGUAGCGAAACUAGUAAACAAGAAGAGGAAAAUGCUUGUGCUAGUGAAAGCAAAGGUGGAAGUCGAAAUAAUAUACAUUUUACACUUGGCGAUGAAGGAAUCGAGGAUAUCUCGUACCCGUCUCGACAUACAAACAAAUUAUCCGCAUCUCAUUCGAAAAGCGUCAGCCAUGGUCAACUAAACUUAGCAACAAUAAAUCUGUCUACAAAAUUCCAAGUAACCAAAUCAGCAACUUCAGAUGUAUCUGCUUUAGGAACGAAAUCCAAAUCACAAUCAGAACCAAGCUUAGAAGGAACAAAACUUAGAACAGCUAUUAGGCAAAUGACGAUUCAAGAACAACCGACGUCGUCGAUGGAGGAAGACAUCUGCUCCACCGAUUCUUCCAUGAUAGAUGAAGAAAUUAAGAAGAAAAAACGUAAAUUAAAUUUUUUUUCAAAAAAAAGUAAGAAUAAAGGAGAUUGAUGGGAGUCUGCAAUUUGAUAGUGAAAUUUAUUUAAAUACUUCUUCCCGAUUAUUAAUUUUUUUAAUAUCAAACCUCGCAGUAUUCCAAAUAUUCAAUAUUGAAUAUACAAGGUAACCCAAAUAUACAUCUUCUUAAAUUUUCCUGCAAAUAAUUUAUUUGAGUUACCUGAGAUGAUUUUUAUUUAUCGUAUAACUAUGUGUUUUUGGUAACUAGUAUUAUUUUGUAUUUUUCCAAACUAUUCUACUUAGUUGGAAGUGAUAUUUUUUACCAAAAAAGGAUUACUGAUUCAUUGCCCAGGGCAAAACACUAAGGCAACUAGGGAAUGUUCCAUAAUGAUAUAAUUUAUACAAAUUAUUGUUUUGUUAAUGAUAAAUCGAAAAUGUUUAACAAAUAUUCGUUUGUUUUUGAUAACAGUGAAGCAUUUCGACUUGAAAACGAUAAAGGGACUAGUACCGGUUAUAAUUUUGCAGUUUGCAAAAAAAAAUGAAAAAAAAACAUUUUACAUAUUUUUUUAACAGCUAUAAUUUUUUUUAAUUUUUAUAUCCAAAGGUGGUAAAUGACCUUCUUCGUUAAAAAGCUUUUUGAAUUUUUUGUUUCAUAUUUACCAAAUUAGAGAUUAUCUCAGCACAGUGGGAGACUAUCAUUUUCGAAGUCUCAACUUUGGCACCCUCUAUAAAACGAUAUUGAAGAAAAAAAAAUUUUUUGUAACACAUAAAUUUAAAAUGGAAUUAUAAUAAAGAAAACGAGAAAAAAAUUCAAUUAUGCCCUUAUAACUGGUACUAGUUCUUUAAAAUGCUGUUAUAACUGUUAUUACUUUCUAUCUCUAUUGUCCAUUUUAGUUUACUUUUAUAACGAGUUCAUUUUAGAUAUUCUAAUCAUAAACUGAAUAUGAUAUACAAAAGAAUGUCUAAUAAAUUUUUUAAAUCUUGAAAAUAUUGCACAUCAAAUCAACUAGUACCUUGUUUUUAGUUGUAUAAAGUUGUAAACCCAACCUAAUUUUUUGGAUUUAAAAAGUAAAUAGAAAAGUAAGAAUUAUUUCUCAAAAAAUUAAUGUUUAAUAAUUAAAAGUAAGAGCAAAAUUUAAAUAACAAUAUUGGUUAUUUCCAUUAUUACAAAUUUUUUUAUUGUUGAAAAACAACAAUGACACUUUAUUUUUCUACAGAACAGUGGGGCAUAGUUUUUUCAUUAUUUGGGUUUUUCCUCAACCAUACUUUUUAUUUUAAUUAGUACAAUCUGAUCCAAUACUUAAGUACCUUCAGAUUUGUAAAAACAAGAUAUGUUCACCACUUCUUUCACAAUUUAAUAUAUUUUCUGGUAUUUUACCCUAAUUAGGUGUGUUAUUUACCCACAGAUAUAUAUCCUUGUAAAUUCUGUAGGUAUUACACUACCUUUAAAAAAUAAUACAAUAUACUAUAAAUGAGGACAAUUUAGAAAUCUCAAUAUUAUAUAUACUUUUUUUAACCUUUUCCGUUAUACGGGCGUGGUCUACCAACCAUCUUUAAAAUCCAAACCUGUAAAAUUUUCUAUAUAUUUUUAUCAAAUUCUCAUAUUUCUAAUACAUGUCAGACUUACUGAAAGGGAUUAAAUUUGAUUGCUGAUUCGUAAACAUUAUUAGUAAAAUUAUGUUUUGUUCUGUACCUCAGCUUCAGUUCGAAUAUGUUAUGUAUAGAAAAUAAUAAAAUAUGCAAAACAAGUUCUCAACAAGGAAUCUUCCGCCCUAAUUAAUGUAAAAGAAGAUUUAUUUCCUUGUUGCGCAAAGAUGGUAAUUAACGUAGAGGGUAUUGAUGAGAAACCAUCUUACAAUCAAACAAAAAUUGGCGAAAGCAUAGUUUAGCACAUUAUUACAUCCUAUAAUGUUACCAGAACUACCAAGCGUUGACCUUUGAUUAUCUGUUAAAUUUAUCAACAAUCAAUGCGUUUGUCACCCACGUGAGCAACAAUCUCAAUGGAGAGUUUAAAACAUAUCAACAAUUAUUGCAGAAAAAUUUAGUAUUGCAAUUAUUACUAGGAACGCCUAAAAAAAGAACGCUUGACAAACUUGGUAUGGCUAAGACGCCUGCUGGUGUAGCUGCAGAAUAUGGUUUUGUACCCUCACAGGCAAAACGGAAAAUGUCAAAUAUUGUAACAUGCUUAAAGCACGUUACUUUUGCCCAAUUAUGCGAACAAUUUUUUUACAUGUUAUGUAUUUUUUUAUUUAUAUAAUCGAAAAUGAUUAUUUUUUUUUUGUUUUAAUGAUCUGUAUUUUUAAAUUUAUGCAAAUUUUGGAACAAAUAAUGUGACGAAAUGAUUAGUCAAUUAAUAGUUAAAUAUAAUAACAUAGGGUUCUUGCAUUUUUUAAAAAAGUAUUUAUUUUUUGCUUAUUUUAUAAGUUCUUGAUUUGAAAUAAUGUCAGAAAGUCAAAUAUUUAAUUAAAAGUAAAAAAAUAAUAUCUAAAUAUUCAAUUGAAAAUCGCAAAAAUUUCAAAUUUCUAACUACAUAAGAAAACAAUUCUCAUUGUGACGUCAAAGGUUUAAUAAAAACAUUGAACAGUUGUCUGCUUGGUGAUCACGACGUUAUCGUUGUCGGCAACGUAGCGUGUGCUACUAUAAUACAGUUUUUAUUUAUUAGUUACGUGUAAAUAAAACAUUUUUUUAUAUAUAAGUGAAUAAACCUUUUAUAGGUCAUGUUCUUACAUUAUUACAUAAUGACGUUGAGAAUAAAACGCAUAAUAAACGUAAUUACUAUAAAAUAUUGAAAAAUGGCAAUAUGGUAGCCUUACUGAAAUGCUUAAACUACCUACAAAAUUUUUGAAUUUUCAUUAAUUUCUUUCUCUAUAAAUUGAUCAAAGAAUUAAAAAAAUAUAUAAUCUAUCGAAAACUAUUUUUUUCUCAUACAAACAAAAUUGUAUGAUAAUACCUGGUAAAAAAGACUAGUGAUAUAAAUGAUCAAUUUAAAUAUGUUCCUCUCACACUCCACCCGUAUAAAUGUGUCACGGUCGUCCACCGGUGUAAGGAAGGGGUAAAAAAUAGAUUUUUUUCCUACUUCUUUCAGCGUAACGCUCUCUAGUAAUGAAAUUCCAAUUUUUUUGACAUAAUUAUCAAAGAAUCUCAUAGUUUUAUAAUAAAUUUAACAUAUAAAUCCAAACAAUUAACUCAUUGUUCCAUUUGGCUCUUAGAAAUAACUAAUAAUACUGUUCUAACUAUAUUGCGAUAGAAAAAGGUAAAAGAUGUAAUGUAUUUUCAAGAAUUUAAAUCAAUCCAGCACUUUCUCACACAAACCAUAAAAUAAAAUUGUCAUUCUCGACCAUUUUUAAGAUUUCAUCUAUACCAUUGACAUAAUUAGAAAAUUUUUAAUUAUAUGAAACAAAUAAAACUCGAUUAAAAACUUUAUUUGCGAAAAAGCGACCUUUCUUUAUGAAUGUAGAGGUUAGUGUCAAAGAGGUUUGAUUUUAAAGCUCAAUCACACUUAGGUGUUAUUAUUAAAUUUCAAUACAAGUUUUUAUCUAACUGAUUUGAUUCUGUUUAAAGAAAAACUUGUAACGAAUGUUCAAAGUAUGUCCGUUUUUUAUUGAUAAAACUAUGGAAAGUUUACUUUUCUAGUCUACUCUGUAAUAUCUCUAAUAACAAUAGAAUGACGAAAUUCAAAAAAGCAUCGAUGGUAAAGUACUUAUCAAUGAAUAAUUCACAUUUCUUUGGGAUAAAUUUAUGUAUGCACCUUAUAGGAUAUCACUUUAAUAAUUUAUAAGGAGUGAUAUUUCUAGUACCAUAUCAUUAUUUAAUCCUUCUAUUGGACAAAUAACAAAUUGUUGUUCCUUCAGACCAAUUUUUUUAAUCUUCUAGGGAGAGAUUCAGCACAGUGUUCCUUAACCAGACUUAAAUGAAAAUUACUUGAUCGUCUUCAAUCUACGUAUACACCUAAACUAGAGCACAAAUGCAACGUUUUAAGCCUAUUCAGAAAAUCCGUUUCCCAAUUUCUUGGAAAAUGAUAUGAGUUUGAAUUGUUUUUUCGAAAAUUUUCUUUAUUUUUGAUUUAAUGAUUCACAUUCACCUUUUCUACGUUAAAAUGAAAUAUCAAUAAUUAUGACAUAUAAUAUAGAAGUAAAGUCAUUUUUUAAAUGAGCAUAAAUCACAUAUUAUAUGAAUUAUAUUCACAAACUGCCCGCAAUAAUUGUCUAUCGUAUUCGGGAUUCGCCUUUGAAACUUUAUAUUUCAUCAAUGUGAUAUUAAAGUCAUGAUGCACUAACUCCAUCGCUUGUUCACUAUAAUAAUCUAAUUUCACUUUGAAAUAACUAUCACUAUAUUUAUUGAAACUUUGGAAAUACUUAAAAAUAUUUCAAACAAUUCAAUGAGUCUCUUCUCAAGAUGUCUAUUUUAUUUAGCAACACGGCAUGAAUUUCCCUUGAAAGCAAGAGAGCCAUGCGUGAUCUUACGCUGCAGUCUUGAAGCAUGUGUGUGUAUAAUGUGUCUACAACAUCUAAAAGUAGGUGAAACUCAGGAGUAGUUUAUCUUUCUUAUAUUGGUUAAUGAAUACAAUACUUGAAAUUCUGAGCUUUUUUUGUUUGCUCCUGCUUCAAUCUAGUCUAGAUAAUUUUUUGUUGAUUCUCCAAUUGUUCUAUAAAGGCGUAGUUUGUGAUUUCGCUUUUUUUAGCAUAACACCACGUACAAGCUUAGUAACUUGCGUAUUUCAUAAUAGCCACUAGAAUAUUUGUCAGCUUUAGAUCUGUAGCAAUCGUUCCAUUUCACCAUAUUAUUGAUCGAUAAUUUUAACCACAACAUCGAAGCAUUUGUGUAAUUGUCUUUUGUACUGGAUUCUAUAGCAAAGAUAAAUAACUGCUUCGCACCAGAAGCUUUAAAUUUUUUGAUGUUAUUCCUUCACUAUACUUCUGACGUGAGAUUGUUUUCACUGAUUCAUUUAUCUCUGAAAACUUGAUGGACACAUACUUCCAAAAAUACACCUUCCCCAUCUAUACCGAAUUUUAAAUGAGUAUUUGGCAUUUGUCGUUUAGCUUGAACAGUGUAUGAAAUUUUGCUUCUUCUCAGAUAUCUUUUCAUUGUUCACAUGAGAAAUUUACUUUUUCAACUGCGUCUAAUAAUUUCUCUAAUUUAAGUUGCAUUGCUGCAUUUAUUUUAUUCAUGUUAUAACAUUUCUCAAAACACAGUAAGCACAUUGAAUCUAGAUUUUCAUCGUCAGUUCUAGGGCGAUUCAAACCCAUUUUUCAAAAUUUGAGGACAACUUUGAACACAAUUAAUCAAGAAUAAACUGAACGAUGACAGUUAGCUUGACACUAAGCAUAACUCUGAAUUGUGUUUAUAUCACCUUAUAUUGAACGCAGGAAUUCGAAAAUCAUUCUUUAUGUGAAUAUUUGAAGAAUAAUCAAAAUAAUUAGUAUUACCUUCAUUGGUAUUUCAUUAUUAUAUAUAUAAUCAUUAAAUCGAAAACAAAAAGAAGCUAUCGAACAAACAAUUCAAACCCUUCAUUAUUUUCCAAGAGCUCGGGAAACCGAUUUUUUGAAUAAGCUUAAAACGUUGCAUCGAAGACGUUCAAAAAUUUAAGUCUAGGUAAGGAAGAUCGUGUCAGAAUGUCAUUUAUUCAGAAUACCUUUUUUAUUUUUUGUUGAAAUCUCUAUUUAUAUAGAGAUGGUGUUAAAGUCAUCGAUUGAUAAUAGUUUCUUAAAUUUUGUUUUGAUAGAUUAAUUUCUCCACUUUUUCUCUAAUAUUUUUUUUUAUUUUGUGCCUCCACCAGAGAGGGAAUGAUCAUUUAAAUUCAAUAAAAAAAUUUCAGAAUUCCUCUUUUUAUUUGCUUUUAAUACCAAUUAAUGAUCCUAUAGUGGUGCAGAUACAUUCAAUUUGUGUUCUUUAUAGUAAAAAGUACGGAAAUUUUCAAUAUUACUUAUUAAUUAUGAUCUUUCAUUUUGUAAUAAACAGAAGAAUAAUUCUUAGAAAUGAAUAUAGAGUUGGAAGGGGUUUCCCGGAUUUUGCAUCUAAAUAUUUCAUAUCGACUUGAUUAUUUACUAUAUUGUGCUUAAAUAUUUUCUUCAUAAUUAGAAGUGCUGAGGGAAAUGAGUCUUAGUACUAUCAUACAUUAAUUUGAAAGUAUUUUCUCAAAAAUUGUUUGUAGUAAGAGAAGAAGACAAAUGUGGUUUAGGAUUAUUCUAUAUAUGAUCACUAGAAGACUCACAUUUUCUUUUCAACAUUUUUUGUAAAGAAGAAAAGGUUACAACAAAUUUAUUUAUUAUUAAAAAUAUAUAUUUAUUCAGAAGUCACCUGAAAUAUUUAGAAAAAAAAUACGUCGUUGAUAUGAAUAUGGAGAAAAAAUGCCAAUAUCAACGACUGGAUAAUGCUCAUAUUUCACAAUGGAAUAUGAUUUGUUCCUUUGCUACAGUUAAAAAAAAUUGAAAUUUAAUAGUAAAAACUCCAUUUGAAGUCUUCCAAAUAAGGAGUGUUUAUCCUCUCCUAUCGACAUUUUCAAUUCCACGUGGUACUUAUUUUUUCUGAUUUGUAAAAUAUACUUUGUAGAGUGCGUUUAAAACAUAAUAAUCAAUGAAAAUACUGCCGGAAAAUAAAUUGUUUUACCAUUGGUGAAAUUUAUUGAAUGUAAAAAAAUUGAAACAGUAUAUUCAUUGUUUUAACUUGUGAUUUAAAUUCACUAUAAGCUUUAAUUUGUUUAAAAUAAUUGGACUGUUUUAAAAAUUUUCUAGUAUAUUUACAUCUUUCCUUAAAUUAUUAAUUUUUUAUUGUGACAGAUUUACCCAUAUAUUGUGAUAAAAAUAAACGUUGCUGAACUUUUUGCUAAAUAAGAAUGUUUAUAUAAUAUGAAAAUAAUUAUAGUAGUAACCAAUGCUUGGGAAUAAAUAUGAAAUCCUAAAUAUAUGAAUUCGUAAUGGGUGUCUCAAAAUUAACACAUUUGGAUUAAAAAAUACGUUUUUAGUCUUAAAUUAUUUUUGUGUUGGAAAAUAGGAAACAAUUCUGGCCUAAGAAACCUAAUGUUAAAUUCUUGGGGGCUAAUCCUGAUCAUCUAAAUGAGAGUACACGCGAAGUCUAACAUAGUAAUUUAAUUGAUGCACUUUACACAACCUUUAUCACAUUUAAACAAGACAGUUCUGCGAUAGCAGCACCAAUAACAGUUACUUUUGACCAGCAUCAUUUUCAAAUACCAAAGAUCUCAUUAUGCCACCAAUCCAAAAUCCGCACCAUCAUCACUGUAUUUGUUUUUUGACAAUUACAUUAAGUUAUCCGAACCCCAAACAUAGCAUUCGAAAUUAACAGGUCAAGGUGUAUUUUUCAUUAUCUUUCGAGAUGUUCAAUAGUGAACAUACGUUGUUGUAUUGUGUAACGUUUCAUAUUUACUACCCUUCAGCCACAACUGUCUUUUUGGUCGUUUUUAGAUUGCCAAGAAUUUGCAAUGAAAAUCAUGCGUUAAUUCUGGGACACUAGUAUAAUGAAAAUGAUUGUUAGAAAUGCCAUGUACUUAAUUUAUUACAGUUUUAAAAAUAUCAGUUUUUUGAAAUGCUUUUGUACUUAAUAUAUGUAGAAAUGCCAUAGGUUAAUGCAUUUACUGAGAUUUGCACCUAAUAAAGAAUAAUAUUUUUUCUUUACAUAAGUUAGUUUUUCGUUUUAGAUAUUGAACUUAAUUUUUUUUAUUUGUAAAAAUAAAACUUAUUGUAUUUUCUUGAUCAUUAAAUAAAACUGAAUGAAUUAACCCUAUAAGGUUAAUAGGUCAAUACUGAAUCGUCAAAAAUAACAAAUUUUUGGUUUUUAAAAAUAGAAACCUGCUUCUCAUAGCAAUAAAAUAAAAAUUUUAACUUUCAACUUUCUCGUAUUUCAUAUAUUUACGGAUAUAGUCUUAUACAAAACCUCUGCUCUUAAUUAUUUUGAUAAAGACUGAAGUCGAAACGUCAAUUUUUUAUCAAUCUUAAAAAUUAUUUGAGAAAAACUAAUUUUAAACAGAAGAGACCUAGAAUCCAGAAUAUUUAGAAUCAUUAUAUAUCAAAAGGUCUAAUAAAUAAUAAAUUAAAGAAAAUUUUUCUUUUUGCAUAUAGUGUUGUGUUUUUGCCUCAUUUCAGUUUUAUGAAUCCUAAUUUUUAGUUGUUUUUUCAUUGCGAAAGCUAAAAUAAUGAGAGCUAUUGCUGCAACUAAAGGCUAUGUGCUGGUGUAGAGUAAAGUCUCCAAAAUCUCAUGUAUAAUUUUAUGGUUUGUUUUACUUUCAAAAAUAUAUGUUUUUUGACAGCUACGAUUAAAGACCCUAACUUGACAGUGAUGCACUAACCGAAGAAUAAAAACUGUUUCUGUAACGUCAAAUACGCGAAAAAACUAUUUUCUAGAUCUCAUCCAUUAUAAACACAUUUAUUUUCAUAAUGUAUACAAUGCAGUUCUUAUUUAGCAUCUCUCUAACAAAUUUCUAGAAUCAGAAUGACUUGCUUGAAUUUCUAAUACGAGAUAUUUUUGGGAGUUUCUCAACUGUAAACAUGUGAUAGUCUUAUUCAACAUUUGACUAUAUAGACACAUCAAAACUGUCUUUCAAUUAUAUUCACGAUUGAAGACUAAAUAAUUGUAGAUUUUUUUAUAGUUCUUGCAAUUUUUAAUUUGUCGCUUGGAUUUUAAUUGAUAUGAUGUUAACACUCUGGUGUCAAGGAAAACGGUAUUUCGUUUUUAAUUUAAUGGGGAUUUUGUUAGUUCACACUAUUAUUUAUUGUUAUAUUUUAAAAGCAAAUCUCUUCAUUUAUCUGAUUCUAGUGAUAUAGUACUAAUAAAAUUAAUGAGUGAUUUGUACAAAUAUCUGUCAGCUUGCUUGAUAAAGUUUUUUCAAGGAUCUGUAAGAUUUAAAAGUGCAAUUUUGUAUUGGGGUAAGCUGAUAGGUUUGUGAUUUAUUUGAAGAUAAUUUUUGAUAAAUCUAUUGUUAACUUACUUGACGAUAAACCCAUACACCUGGUUUAUUUCAAUGAUGAAAUUUAAUAUGUAAAAAGUAAGCAAUAAAGAAUUUAUUUUAUA